AUGGAUCGACUAAAAGGCAAGCGAUCGGCACGACGCGCGCAGAACACGAAGAUAAUUCAAGAAGCGCGACUCUUGCUUGACUCCGCUGACGUCGAGAUCGCGAAGCUCUCAGCUGUAAAGGAACGACUCGCGGCUAGCAACGACCAGCUCUCUCAGAUCGACGAGCUAUAUGAGCAGUAUAUUCCGACAGAGAAUAUCGAACAGGAAUAUACAGCUAUAGCUGAAUACCAGGAUGAAGCCGCUGGCAUCCUUGCUGAGCUACAGUGCCGAAUAUCCCAAAUGGAGAGAGAUCGGAACGGUCAUGCUCAAGCUCCCAGUGGUGAAAGCACAGAAGAACCGGCUUUCAGAAAUGAGGCUCCCGCAAGAUUCAUGGCGCCCCGGUUACCUCAGCUGCAUAUCCCAACGUUCAGAGGUGACAUCGCACAGUGGACAGGCUUUUGGGAGCAAUUCGAACAAGUUGUUCAUCUCAACAACGACCUGACGCCUUCCACUAAAUUCUAUUACCUGAAGAGUUUCCUAGCCGGUGACGCAGCAGCAGCGAUCGCGGGUUUGCCCACGACCGAAUCAUGUUACGCCGGCACUGUGGCUAUGUUGAAGGAACGAUUCGGCGACAAAACAUCGAUUAUUCAGCACCAUCUGACAGCUCUCAGGAAUCUUCCGAACGUGACAUCAGCCAACGACAUCCGCGGUUUUCAAAGAUUGUAUGAUGCCACGCAACUGAAUAUUCGCUGCCUUGGAGCCCUGAACGUGCCUACUCUGACAUAUUCAGCUAUGCUCGUCGACAUCUUGCAGCAGGCUCUACCACGUGACAUCAGUCUCUCCUUCACUCGUGGAAAACGAUACCGCGCCUUGACACAGUCAUCUGAUGUACGUGCUGCUCAAGUCUCUUCGUCGGGUUCACCAGCAGAUGCGUCAAGUGACUCUGAUGCCGAGCUGAAUGACCUUUUUGCUGUUCAUGCGGGUGGAGCUCGAAAGCAGAGAACAGCACGCACUGCCACGUCAGAGGCCUCUUUUGGACGAUCGCUUGGACCGGAGGCAUAG